AUGUUUACGUCAAUAAUUCUUAAUGUCUGGCUCACAGUGCUUCUUGCUGUAGGAGCUUCCGCAGACAACAAAUUUGCAAAGCUUGGCAGGCCUGAGUUGGAUGAACCUGUUACGUACCCGUACUACGUCAAAAAUGGUCCGCUGAAAGGUAACAAAUUGUAUGAAGAUGGGCCGGAUUUGGAGCUGAAUGGCGAAUUAGUAAGAUUGGAAUUGAGUUCAAACUAUGAUCGGUCAGACGAUGGCAAUUGGAAGAUGAUGACUUGGAACGGAACUGGGUUUGAAGAGCUUUUCAUUUUGUCAGAAUGGAACAAGAAAAAAAUGGAGAGCGGGUAUAUCCAAUGGUUGGAUUCUUUUGCUGGGAGUAACGAAGACGAAAUUAAUAUUGAUAUUGAUGGUGAAGAUGAUGAACAAGAACAAGAACAAGAACAAGAACAAGAACAAGAAGAAGGAGAUGUUCAGACUUGGACCAUUACUGAUGAAGAAGUAGUGGCAUACUACAAUAUGACAGUUGCUUAUUUGGAGAAACACCCUGAAUAG